AUGAGGCCAGGGACAGGCCAGGGGGGCCUUGAGGGCCCUGGUGAGCCAGGCCCCAACCUCAGGCAGCGCUGGCCCCUGCUGCUGCUGGGUCUGGCCGUGGUAACCCACGGCCUGCUGCGCCCAACAGCUGCACCGCAGAGCAGGGCCCUGGGCCCUGGCCCUGGAGGAAGCAGCCGGUCCAGCCUGAGGAGCCGGUGGGGCAGGUUCCUGCUCCAGCGCGGCUCCUGGACUGGCCCCAGGUGCUGGCCCCGGGGGUUUCAAUCCAAGCAUAAUUCAGUGACGCAUGUGUUUGGCAGCGGGACCCAGCUCACUGUUUUAACUCAGCCCAAGGCAGCCCCCUCGGUCACUCUGUUCCCGCCGUCCUCUGAGGAGCUCCAAGCCAACAAGGCCACACUGGUGUGUCUCAUGAAUGACUUCUAUCCGGGAAGCUUGAGGGUGACCUGGAAGGCAGAUGGUACCCCCAUCACCCAGGGCGUGGAGAUGACCACACCCUCCAAACAGAGCAACAGCAAGUAUGCGGCCAGCAGCUACCUGAGCCUGACGCCCGAGCAGUGGAGGUCCCGCAGAAGCUACAGCUGCCAGGUCACGCACGAAGGGAGCACCGUGGAGAAGACAGUGGCCCCUGCAGAAUGUUCAUAGGUUCCCAGCCCCCACCCCACCCACAGGGACCUGGAGCUGCAGGAUCCCAGGGGAGGGGUCUCUCUCUGCAUCCCAAGCCAUCCAGCCCUUCUCCUGUACCCAGUAAACCCUCAAUAAAUAUCCUUUGUCAACCAGAAA